CUGCGCUUAUUAUUAUUAUUCGUCGCUACUUCCAACUGUCACUCCAAACCCUUCUCUCUCUCACACGCCCCGCAUUUGCAUUUGCAUUUGCAUUCGCUUCUUCAGCUACGUCUUCGAGCGAUCGCCGGGAUCCUCUUCAGUUUUUUCUCCAGAAAUGGCUUCAUUGGGUGCAAUCUCCGCUUCCUCUACUCUGCCGUCGCUUUCUAAGAAGAGUGGGUUGAGGAGUAUGGGAGGGACUCCGUUGCCUCGGGGGCAGAAGUUCGUGCAGAAACAGCCGAGGAACAGGUUUGCUGUGAGGGCUAGUGCGAAGGAAAUUGCUUUUGACCAGAAAUCGAGGUCGUCGAUGCAGUCUGGUAUCGACAAGCUUGCAGAUGCCGUUGGUCUCACUCUCGGUCCCAGAGGAAGAAAUGUUGUCUUGGAUGAGUAUGGAACCCUGAAAGUGGUCAAUGAUGGGGUGACAAUUGCUCGUGCUAUAGAGUUGCCUGAUGCUAUGGAAAAUGCCGGUGCAGCUUUGAUUAGGGAGGUUGCUAGCAAGACCAAUGAUUCUGCUGGUGAUGGAACUACUACUGCAUCGGUUCUUGCACGGGAAAUUAUUAAGCUUGGCCUUUUGAGUGUUACUUCUGGCGCCAAUCCUGUUGCCAUAAAGAAGGGUAUUGAUAAGACUACUCAGUAUUUGGUUGAUGAGCUUGAAAGGAAAGCAAGACCCAUUAAGGGCCGGGAUGAUAUUAAAGCCAUUGCUUCCAUCUCUGCUGGGAAUGAAGAGAUCAUUGGAGCUAUGAUUGCUGAUGCUGUUGAUAAGGUUGGGCCUGAUGGUGUUUUAUCCAUUGAAUCAUCAUCUUCCUUUGAAACUUCUGUUGAUGUCGAAGAAGGAAUGGCGUUUGAUAGAGGAUAUAUCUCCCCACAAUUUGUCACCAACCCCGAAAAGCUGUUGGUUGAAUUUGAAAAUGCAAGGAUUUUAGUGACAGACCAGAAGAUCUCGGCAAUUAAGGAUAUCAUUCCAGUGCUGGAGAAGACUGCUCAAUUAAGAGCACCUUUGCUCAUUAUUGCUGAAGAUAUUACUGGAGAAGCUCUGACUACUCUUGUUGUGAACAAGCUCAGGGGUGUCUUGAAUGUGGCUGCCGUUAAAGCUCCUGGGUUUGGAGAAAGAAGAAAAGCUAUGCUUCAAGAUAUUGCUAUUUUGACUGGAGCUGAAUAUCAAGCUUCCGAAUUGGGCCUUCUUGUGGAGAAUGCUGAUGUGGACCAGUUGGGCAUUGCUAGAAAGGUAACCAUCAGCAAUGACUCGACAACCAUCAUUGCAGAUGCUGCAUCAAAACAUGAGAUACAGGCUAGGAUUGCUCAACUUAAAAGGGAACUGGAUGAGUCGGAUUCUGUUUAUGACUCAGAGAAACUUGCUGAAAGAAUUGCCAAAUUGUCCGGUGGGGUUGCUGUAAUCAAAGUCGGUGCUGCAACUGAAUCUGAGCUUGAGGACCGCAAACUCCGCAUCGAAGAUGCCAAAAAUGCAACUUUCGCUGCCAUUGAGGAAGGCAUUGUUCCUGGAGGCGGUGCUGCGCUGGUUCAUCUCUCUGCGUGUGUCCCUGCCAUCAAGGACAAGCUUGAGGAUUCCGAUGAAAAAAUUGGUGCUGAUAUUGUGCAAAAGGCUCUAAUAGCGCCGGCUUGUCUAAUUGCAAAGAAUGCUGGGGUUGAAGGCGAAGUGGUGGUGGAAAAGGUGAAGGCGGGGGAGUGGGGGUUUGGUUACAAUGCGCUGACGGAUAGGUACGAGAAUUUGGUGGCGGCUGGAGUGAUUGAUCCGGCAAAGGUGACCCGAUGUGCACUGCAGAAUGCUGCAUCUGUUGCGGGAAUGGUGCUGACCACGCAGGCAAUUGUUGUGGACAAGCCCAAGCCUAAAACGUUGGCGGGUGCGGCUCCGGGUGUUCCGGCAGGCAUGGGUGGUUUCUAAAUUUGAUCUGGUAGGAAAAUUUUGAGGAGGAAUUCUUCUUGAGGUAACUUUUCAUCUUUAUUUAAGAAGAGAACGAAAUUGCACUUUGAGUUAGUUGAGUUGAGUGUUGAUUGGAACAAGGAUUGAUUGAUUGAUAAAUAAACGAUUCCUACCUAUCUAUCUACAUAAUGUUGGUUUAGGUAGUAGUUGGAAUGGAUGUUUAAUAAGAUUUGUCAAAUGACAUUUCUUAGUUUCG